UUAAACAAACUUCAAUUUGAUAUAUCUAUAAGAACAAAUGGGAAUUAUAUCUUAUAUCUUUUAUGUAGUUCGAUAGUAUUCCUUAUAUAUGUGCAAUAUGUCAUAAUCUUUCAAUAUUUUAAAAUUUUUUCUAAAUGUGAGAUUAUAAUUUGUAAUAUUAAGAAAAACAUAUUUUCUAUUAAAUGUAUAAGUUUAUGCAGAAGACAUCGAAGUAGAAGAAACUUGGUUAACAAUGAGCAAACAAAUAGUAACUGUAAAACAAGGGAAAUUAGGAGGAGCAGUACUUAAAAGUGCGUUAGGAUCAUUGUACAUCGCUUUUAGAGAAAUACCUUUUGCUGCUCCUCCUGUUGGAGACCUCAGAUUUAAGGAUCCGCAACCACCUCAGCCAUGGACUGGUAUCAAGGACACCUCCCAAUUGAAAACAUAUAUGUGUUCACAACAAGAGGAGGUUGAACCUUUCAAAUUGCUCGGCAAUGAAGAUUGUCUUUAUUUAAAUGUUUACACUAAUUCACUUAAUCAAUCGAAACCAGUUAUGUUUUGGAUACAUGGUGGCGCAUUUGUAGUAGGCAAUUCAAGUUUUCAGGAAGGUUCAAGACCUGAUUAUUUACUCGCGAAGGAUGUCGUUGUUGUUUCAACUAAUUAUAGACUUGGGGCAUUCGGAUUUUUAAAUCUUGGCCAUCGAGUCGCGCCAGGAAAUCAAGGGCUGAAAGAUAUAAUCGCUGCUUUGAAAUGGGUUAAGGAAAAUAUUUCUAGCUUCGGUGGAGAUCCUAAUAACGUUACCAUUUUUGGCGUCAGCGCUGGAGGAGUUUUAGUUCAUUCUUUGCUUUUAUCGCCAUGUGCACGCGGAUUAUUCCACAAAGCGAUUAUGCACAGUGGAUUGAUACGAUGUUCUUGGGCCAUGAAUCAAAGUCUUCCUGAACGUGGUUUUAAACUGGCCUCUCUUCUCGGAAAAGAUUCCUGUGAUCCUGAAGAGGUGAUCGAAUUUCUACGGACGGUGCCAGCUGAGGAUAUCGUCAAAGCUCAAGCUUCUAUUCUUACGCGCGAGGAAUCGUUAUCCCAUAAUCUUCCGUUUGGAAUCAAUAACGACGAGGUAGCAGAGAAUCCUGUAUUACCAGAACCUAUCGAACAAUUGUUGAAGAAAGAUGCGAAUGUCCCAGUCAUAAUUAGUUACACGUCGCACGAGUUCAUUAUGUUUUUGAAAGAUAUAAGCGAAAAAUCGAUGACCACUUAUAACGAAUAUCUACCCUCACACGUGAAAGCUUUGGGCUCAUUGAAGAAGUUAGAAGAUGCGGAGAUCAAAAAUUUAUUCAAUGCGGUAAAAGAUCGAUAUUUUGGGGGAAAAUUGAUCGAUAAAGAGAAAUUAUACGGUCUGUCAAAUUUUAUGACGGAUACGUUCUUCGGUAUCCCUGCCAUAUUAACGUUAGAAGAUCGAGUGAAAAGAUUAACUGCGCCUAAUUACUUUUGUAAAUUUUCAUACAUUGGCAACGAGAAAACAUCCACGGAUCUCCUAGUAACGCGUCACAUUUCUGGGGCAUCUCACGUGGACGAUAUCGCAUAUUUAUUAUAUUUACCGAGAUGUAAAACUGAAAAUCCGAAUCCACCGGCGGUUGGAACAAAAGAUAGGAUCACAUUGGAACGAAUGACUAGGAUGUGGACCAAUUUUGCUAAAACGGGGGAACCUACUUCGAUUCAAGACGAGUUUGUUAAUACCAAUUGGAAACCUGCAACGGCGAAUGAUCUUUGUUAUUUGGAUAUAGGAAAUGAAUUGUGUCUAUUGCCUCUUCCAUCACAUCUUUUAUCAUUCAAAUUAUCUAAUAAGAAAUUAGUGAAAAAAAUGAGUGAUUUGAUAGUAAUCGUACGAGAAGGCAAAUUAAAAGGUGCGGAACUAGAAAGUAGCCUGGGCUCUCGAUACAUAGCUUUCAGAGGAAUACCUUUCGCUGCACCGCCCAUUGGAGAGCUCAGAUUCAAGGACCCACAACCACCUGAACCAUGGACAGGUGUAAAGGACGUAUCCGACCUUAACGAGCACAUCUGCUCUCAGAUCCAAGAUGUUCCACCAUUGAUUAUCGGCAACGAGGAUUGCCUGUAUCUGAACGUCUACACUAACUCCCUUUCGCAAUCAAAGAAAUCAGUCAUGUUCUGGAUUCAUGACGGUGGAUUUACAAUAGGUUCUUCAAGCUAUCAACACUUCAGACCUGAUUAUUUGCUUGCUAAAGACGUUGUCGUCGUCACUGCUAAUUACAGGCUCGGAGCAUUCGGAUUUUUAAAUCUGGGUGACAAAGUGGCGCCAGGUAAUCAAGGAUUGAAAGAUAUAAUCGCGGCGUUGGAAUGGGUGAGGGAAAAUAUUGCCAGCUUCGGCGGAGAUCCUGACAACGUGACGAUUUUUGGGGUUAGCGCAGGAGCAGCUUUAACCCACGGUUUGCUAAUGUCGCCGCGCGCAAAGGGAUUAUUCCACAAAGCGAUCCUGCAAAGUGGAUUGAUGAAAAGUUUUUGGGCGGUUAAUCAAAGUCUUCCCGAGCGUGGCUUUAAUUUGGCCAAGUAUCUUGGAAAUUUGUCAAACGAUCCUGUCGAAGUAGUCGAAUUCCUGCGGACAGUAUCAGCUGAGGAUAUCGCAGGCGCUCAGACUGCUCUCCUGUCCCAAGAGGAGAGGUUAAGUUUUAAUCUUGCUUUUGGAAUGAAUAGCGACGAAAUAGCGGAGAAUCCUGUUUUACCAGAGCCUUUCGAACAAUUAAUCAAAAAAGAGAUAGAUAUUCCUGUGAUGGUCAGUCAUACGUCCAACGAGUUCAUUAUGUUUUUGCAAAAUAAAAGUGAACAACUCAUACGGAUAUUCAAUUUAUAUUUAUUGACACAUGUGAGAAACUUAGGAUCAUUAAAAAUGUUGGACGAUGAGAAAGUUAAAAAUUUAUACAAAUCGGUGAAGGAGCGUUAUUUCAAGGGGAAAUCGAUCACCGCCAACGAUUUCGAUAAAUUGACGGAAUUUUUAGGCCACGUUUAUUUCGCCAUUCCCGCGAUCAUAUGGCUGCAGGAUCGAAUAAAAAGGGUAACCUCGCCCAGUUACUUUUGCCAAUUUUCCUACGUUGGCAAUGAGAAAACACCCACCGAUUUGCUAGUGAAACGCCAAGCUUCUGGAGCAUCUCACGUGGACGACAUCGCGUACUUGUUAUAUCUGCCGAAGUGUAAAGUUGAAAAUCCGGAUCCACCGGCGGUUGGAACCAAAGACAGGAUCACGUUGGAACGAAUGACCAGGAUGUGGACGAAUUUCGCUAAAACGGGAGAUCCCGUCUCGAUUAAAGACGAGUUUGUCAAUAUCGAUUGGAAUCCCGUAUCCACGGACGAGUUCUCUUAUUUGGACAUUGGGGAGGAGUUACAAAUUUUCCCCGUCCCAGAACACUUAUUAUUCUUCGAACAAGCUUUAUAAUUUUUAGGAUUGACGGAAAAAUCGAUUUGUUGAAUUUUUAUCCCAUUUUAUUUAUAUAUAUAUAUAAAUUUAAUACAUAUAUAUAUAUAAAUACAUUUUUAUAGUACAUUUUUAAUCUUUGCCUUCUUGCCUUCGCAGGAUGCAAAGGAUGUAAUAAAUACACUUGUUAUACUUCUA